CUGAAAUUAUUAUGCAGCAGGCGCCUGCUGAGAUUGCAUUAUUCAUGCAAGGAAACACCUUCAUCAAGUGCAACAGAUGCAUUUUGUUGUCUCUUUAGUCAUGCUUUAGUACAGCAGCACUAAGUGUACAAUGUAUUGUUUGAUUCCAAGAGCUGAGAUCAGCAAUGACACCGUGUGUUGAGUAACCACAACAGAGGGUCAGAGACAUAGGUUAAAAGCACCAUGGACGAUUCAACCAGCUCCGAAGGGGAGAAAUUCUGUUCUCUCAACCACGCCGAGCGAACCUUUAAGAAGAUGCAAGUCUACCUUCAGCGCAAACAGCUCACCGAUGUCAUCUUGACGGCGGGAGGCGUUCGCAUUCCGGCACAUCGGCUGGUCCUGUGUGCUGUCUCUGAUUACUUUGCAGCGAUGUUCACAAAUGAUGUGGUGGAGGCUACAGCUGGGGAGGUGGAGCUACGAGAGCUGGAUGCAAGGGCAUUGAAAGCAUGCAUCCAAUACAUAUACACAGGAGAGAUUUUACUCCAGGAGGACACUGUAGAGAAUCUGCUGGCCACGGCAUGCAUCCUGCAGUUAUCAGAAGUGGCAGAGGCCUGCUGUGGUUAUCUCGUCAAGCAACUCCAUCCAUCCAACUGCCUGGGCAUCAGAUCCUUUGCAGACUCUCAGGGCUGCCCAGAUCUACUCAAAGUUGCUCACAACUACACGAUGGAGCAUUUCUGUGAGGUGACUGUCAACCAGGAGUUUCUAAUGAUGAAUGCUAAAGAUGUGUGUGACCUCUUCGCUAGUGAUGACCUCAAUGUCCCUAAUGAAGAGAUAGUCUACUAUGCCCUUCUCUCAUGGGCUAAUCACAACCUCCCUGAACGCCGUCAGCACAUUGCCAAAAUCAUGGAACACAUCAGACUGCCACUGCUCUCUCCACAGUUCCUGAGUGACAUCAUCGAUAACAACACUCCCUUCAAAGGAGACGAGGAAUGUCAGCAUCUUAUCUUCGAGGCCAUGAAGUACCAUCUCCUACCUGAACGGCGCCCUCUGCUGCAAAGCUCACGUACGAGACCACGUAAAUCGACCGUUGGUACUCUGUAUGCAGUUGGAGGAAUGGACAGUACUAAAGGAGCCACGAGUAUAGAGAAAUAUGAUUUACGCACAAACGCCUGGACUCACAUUGGCAAUAUGAGCGGACGAAGGCUGCAGUUCGGCGUGGCAGUCUGCCAGGAGAAGCUGUUUGUUGUUGGAGGCAGGGAUGGACUGAAGACUCUCAACACUGUGGAGUGUUACAAUCCAGUGGGCAAAUCAUGGAGUAUGCUUACACCUAUGGGAACGCACAGACAUGGGCUGGGUGUGGGUAUGCUUGAAGGGCCGAUGUAUGCCGUGGGAGGACAUGAUGGUUGGAGCUACUUGUCCUCUGUGGAGAGAUACGAUCCACAGAGUAAACAGUGGAGCUAUGUGUCCUCAAUGUCAUCACCUAGAAGUACUGUAGGAGUAGCUGUCCUGGAUGGCAAACUGUAUGCAGCAGGAGGGAGGGACGGGAGUGCGUGCCUUCGUACAGUGGAGGUAUACGAUCCACAUAUUAAUCGCUGGACAAUGUGCUCUCCUAUGAGUAAACGACGUGGUGGGCUUGGGGUUGCUGUAUGCAAUGGCUGUCUAUAUGCCAUAGGUGGACAUGACACACCAAGUCAACAGUCGUCCAGACAGUUUGAUUGCGUGGAAAGGUAUGACCCCCGUUCCGAUGUCUGGUGUACUGUUGCUCCUAUGAGUCUGUGUCGAGACGCGGUGGGUGUGGCAGUUCUAGGGAAUCGUAUUUUCGCUGUCGGCGGUUACGAUGGUCAGAGUUACCUCAAUGCUGUCGAGAGCUACGACCCACUUUCUGGAGAGUGGAAUUACCUUGCUCCUUUAAAUACUGGCAGAGCCGGUGCUUGUGUGGUGCAUGUCCCCAUCACAUGAAACGCCAAGUGCCAUGAGGUUAAAGGGAUAAACUAUUCAAAGCCAAAGAGAGGUAAAAAAAGAAGUGUGUUAACCUAUAGUGUGAAAACAUCGUAAGCCCUUUAUGUUGUUUUGAGGCUGAUUGUGAUAAUACAAGAGUGUUUCUUUAAAGGAUUUGGGUACUUUUUGUUCUAAUGAUAGCAGAAAGCUUCCCUUAGAAUAUUACUAGCUAGGGUGCUUUAGUUUUUGAGAAAUGAGUAAUACAAAGUUACAAAAAUACGUUUUACAUACUGAAAUAAUUUACAUCUGUAGUGAUGAGAAUUAUUUUCGUGACUCGUUUUACUUGUUUCUUGGAAACUGCAGCUAAGGAAAGCUUUCUACCAUAAUUUUUUUCAAACUGUGUGAGUUUAAUGUAAAUCUCUGGACAUUGUGUGAUUUGUGUCCUAAAAGAAGUACCCAUACCCUUUAAGGAGCAUGUGUACUUAUUCAUGUCAUAAUAUAAAAAAAUAUUGUCACAAAGAGUCACAUAUUUUAAAAUGAAUUGAUGAAAAUGCCAAACAUGUCAGGAUUCUUCAACAGCAUUCUAUUGCUUUCUUGAAAAUGUCCCCAACAAAGCAUUUCCUACUGGCAUUAGAUGAUCAAGUUAACCAUGUUGUUUAGUGGAGUAGCUGUGGUUUAUGUUUAAAUUGUCAAUAUUAAAAUUCAUGAUUUGGGAAUAAACAAAGAAACAUUUACUUAAUUGGGAUUUGAUCCAAUGACUUACGGUUUAAUGUGCUGCCGCUCUACCAACUGAGCUAUAUAUGGGGAGACUCAGAAAGCUCAGUUGGUAGAGCGCUGGCAUGUUAAACUGGAG